AUGGCCGUCUUCGACAGCAAAAAGUUCAAGUCGGCCGCCGACACAAACACAUUCGCCGCCAGAUACAGGGCAAUGAUGGCCAAGCGUCCAUUUCUGCUCUUCGGUCUUCCCUUCGUCACCGUCAUGAUCGCCGGCUCAUUCGUCCUGACGCCCGCAACGGCCAUCCGCUACGAGAAACACGACAGACGUGUGCGCCAGGUCACGAGAGACGAGGAGCUCAACAUGCGGCGGUCGGCACGCAAGGUGGACAUGAAGGAGGAGUACUACCGUCUUGCGGCCAAGGACAUCGACAAUUGGGAGCAGAAGCGUGUCAAGCGAUUCAAGGGCGAACAUGACGGCAUCAUCGAGUAG